CUCAGAUUCCGCUCGACAACCUGCGCUGACUAAUUGAGAACACAAUGUCUGAUGAAAGCGACGCAGUUUCGCGCCAGAAUGCCCAGGAACGCGCCGUAGGCAUAUCAGUCUUUGUGAAGCCUGAAGUUCCUGGCUUCCAGUGUGUCGUUAAACAGCGCUAUACCGAUUUCCUCGUCAACGAAGUCCUGCCGAACGGAGAAGUCUUACACCUUACCGAUGUGUCUCACGACCAGAAUCACAAGAGAAAGCGCGAGCCCGAGGAUGAGUCGCAGAAGAAGAAGAAGAAGCUGAAGGAGAAUGGCCACGCAGAUGCCACUGUUGAAGCAAAUGAGAUGCAGAAAGACUCCAGUGGAGAUGCUGUACAUGCAGAUGCUCUUCAGAAUGGCUCUGAGGCCCAAGUUGAGGCAGACGCUGAAGCAUCUGCAGAGGACAUCAAAGUUGCCAAAGCUCAAGCUAUCGCGAGCAUAGCCGAUGCGGACAAGGCCGUGUUGAAGGAUGUCUUCGGUGAUGAUACCACAUUCGCUAUUCUUGGUCUUUAUGCCAAUGUUAUCGCUUAUCCAGAGCGCAAAGCGAGAAACUUUCAGCCUGUGAACUCCAGUCCGAUUGCCGAGAAAUCGAAGCGUACUGAAGCCCAUCUGUGCAUUCGCCGCAUCUUCAGUUCGAAGCUGGAAACGCUCACAGUUCAAGACCAAGAACACAAGUCUGGGGCGGGCACUGUCAUUGAGAUCAAGGCGGCGCCACCUAAAGCACCGUCUAGCGUACACGCCGAAGGCCGAAAGAAUGACCAGCAGCGAGGUAAGCAGAAUUGGUCUGAUCUUGGAGGGGAAUACCUGCACUUCACGCUCUACAAGGAAAACAAGGACACCAUGGAAGUGCUCUACUUCCUUGCUUCUCAGCUGAAAAUGCAUAUGAAGCAUUUCGGGUUCGCGGGCACAAAGGAUCGCCGAGGAGUGACUGUCCAGAGAGUCUCCAUCCACCGUGUCAGACGAGAACGCUUGGAGCAACUCAACAAGCACGCCAGAGGGUUCCGUGUUGGCGGUCCUUGGGAGUAUAGAACUGAAGGCCUUGAUCUUGGCAUGGCCAAAGGCAAUGAGUUUAUGAUCACUCUCCGUGAUGCUCGUUUUGAGGGCAUUACCGAAUCCGCUUCAAUGGAUCAAAAGCUUCAGCAUGCUCAGGGCAUAGCAAAAGCAGCGGCGUCAAAUCUGGCCGCGUCUGGCUUCCUUAACUACUAUGGCUUGCAGCGCUUUGGCACCCACAGCAAUGGGACUCAUGCCAUCGGCAUGAAAAUGCUGCAAGGUGACUUGAAAGGCGCUAUCGACUCUAUCUUGUCUUAUGAUCCAACGCUUCUGGAAGAAGACGAGUCUGCACAGUCAAACGGCGACAAUGCACCCCGAAGAAUGGUUCCACAAGAGGAUGUGUACCGCGCAAGAGCUAUACAUGCAUUUCGCAAAUCCGGAACUUCUGGCGAGGCCUUGUCGCAUCUUCCUGGCAACCGCUUUUCUGCCGAAAAAGGCCUGAUAACUCAUCUUGGCAAACGAGAUCGGAAGACGGGGCGACUUCCCAAUGAGAACGACUAUCAAGGCGCCUUGAUGAUGAUUCAGCGGAAUUUGCGACUCAUGUACGUUCAUGCAUAUCAGAGCUUCGUAUGGAACACUGUCGCAGGCAAACGCUGGGAGCGAUCUGGUGACAAGGUCGUAGAAGGUGAUCUGGUUGUAGUUGGCGAAAAGGAUACUGGGUCUGAUCCCAGUAAUAGCAUCAAGGCACCAGCUCAAGAAGUAGACGAUCAUGGCGAGCCUGUCGUUCAUCCAAAUGCUCCUGGCGACAAGGGAAAUGAUGGCGGCGAAGCUGAAGAUCCUUUUGUUCGUGCCCGUCCUCUUAGCAAAGAUGAGGCAGAGAGCGGGCGUUUUGAUAUCUUUGACCUGGUCUUGCCGCUUCCAGGAUUCGACGUUGUCUAUCCGAAGAACGAGGUCGGCAAGUUCUAUGAGGAUUUUAUGGCUUCUGAAGAGGGAGGCAAACUCGACCCGCACAACAUGCGGCGCUCCUGGAAAGAUAUUUCGUUAUCUGGGGGAUAUCGCAAGAUGUUUGCGCGACCUCUUGGCGAGGUCGAGGUUGAUGUGAAGGCAUAUAGCGGCCUAGAAGAACAAAUGGUCGAAACUGACCUCGAGAGAUUGUCCAAAGACAGCGAGUCGGAGGCGGAGGCGCGCGUCGAAAAAGCUUCCUCGGGGGAGAAGGACAAGCUUGCGAUUUUACUCAAGCUCAAGCUUGGUAGCAGUCAAUAUGCUACGAUGGCAUUACGAGAGCUCAGCAAGGGUGGAGCCAUUGCAUUUACACCAAGCUACUCCGUCACAAAUCGAUAGAUCGAAGGCGGAGCUGUCCUGUGUCGAAGCGGCAAAUUCAGUUCGGGAAGCCGAAGCCAGAAGCCAAUCAAGCUCAGCAUGAAAGC